AUGUCCCUUCUUGCUGUUACUUUGGACCAAGGUGCCGGAUAUGGUGUCGUGGUUGGCAUUGGUGCCCUUUUUGCUUUUGGUAUGAUUUUCACCACUUAUGUAUUAAGAAGAUACAAUAAAGAAAUCAUUACUGCUGAAGAAUUCGCAACUGCAGGUAGAUCGAUCAAAACUGGGUUGAUUGCUGCUGCCGUUGUUUCUUCAUGGACUUGGGCUGCUACCUUGUUGACUUCCACAACUAUGGUCUACAACAAUGGUAUUUCUGGAGGAUUUUUCUAUGCUGCUGGUGCUACUUGUCAAAUUACUCUUUUCGCCUGUUUGGCCAUUAAGGGUAAGGAAAGAGCCCCUGGUGCGCAUACUUACUUGGAAAUCGUUAAAGCUAGAUACGGCACCACCUGUCACUUGGUCUAUGUUUUCUGGGGUCUUGCUACCAACAUCUUGGUCACGGCCAUGUUGUUGACUGGUGGUUCUGCCGUGGUCAAUGACUUGACUGGAAUGCACGUUGUUGCAGCUAUUUUAUUGUUACCACUUGGUGUUGUCGCUUAUACACUUUUCGGUGGUCUUAAGGCUACCUUCUUGACAGAUUACGCCCACACCGUCAUUAUGGUUGUAAUUAUUUUGAUCUUUGCCUUCACCACCUGGGCUACUUCUGAUGUUUUGGGUUCUCCAGGUGCUGUCUGGGAAGCUGUUACUGCAUUGGCUGAAACCCAACCAAGAGAUGGUAAUGCUGGAGGUUCUUACUUGACCUUGCACUCCAGAUCUGGUGGUAUUUUUUUCGUCAUCAAUAUCGUUGGUAAUUUUGGUACCGUGUUCUUGGAUAACGGUUACUUCAACAAGGCUUUCGCUGCCAACCCUGGAGCUGCCUUACCUGGAUAUGUUCUUGGUUCUCUUGCCUGGUUCGCUAUUCCAUGUUUCACUUCUUUGACCAUGGGAUUGGCUGCUUUGGCUUUGGAAGGUACAGAUGCUUGGCCAACAGACCACAAGAUGACUCCCCAAGAAGUCUCUGCUGGUCUCGUUCUUCCAAAUGCCGCCGUUGCCUUGUUGGGUAAGGGUGGUGCUGCCUGCUCGUUACUUAUGGUUUUCAUGGCUUGUACAUCUGCUAUGUCUGCUGAAUUAAUUGCUACUUCAUCUAUCUUCACUUAUGAUAUUUACAGAACUUACAUCAACCCUGAAGCUACCGGUAAGAAAUUGAUCUGGGUUUCUCACAUUUCCGUCAUUGGGUACGCUUACGUCAUGGCUGGUUUUGCUAUUGGCUUAUACUACGCUGGUGUAUCUAUGGGUUACUUGUACGAGUUAAUGGGUAUCAUUAUUGGUGGUGCUGUAUUGUCAUCUGCCUUGUGCUUGCUUUCAAAGAGACAGAAUGUUCAAGCUGCUAUUUUCACUCCUCCUAUCGCCACAGCUCUUGCUAUUAUGUCUUGGUUGGUUUGCACCAAGAAGAUGUACGGUUCCAUUAACCUUACAACCACCUUCAUGGACGAUCCUAUGUUGACUGGUAACGUUGUUGCCUUGUGCUCUCCAUUGAUCUUUGUUCCUUUACUCACCAUCAUCUUCAAGCCACAAAACUUCGACUGGCAAAUCUUGAAAUCCAUUCGUAGAGUUGAUGAAGAGGAAGAAAUCUUGGAAGCUGAACAUGUAGCAGUUGAUCACGAAAAGGUUCAUCCAGUUAAGUCCCAAGUGUCAGUUAUUGCUAGCGAAUUGGUGGAUCUCGAAAAGGACAAAUACGCUGAAGAAGAAUUGAUGUUGCAUAACUCUUUCAAGAAGGCUGUCAUUAUUUGUGUUGGUUUGACUCUUUGUCUUUUGAUUCUUUGGCCAAUGCCAAUGUACGGUACUUCCUACAUUUUUUCCAAGCGUUUCUUCACCGGUUGGGUGGUAGUUAUGUUCAUUUGGAUUUUCUUUACUGUGGGUAUGGUUAUCAUUUAUCCUAUCUACGAAGGUAGAUUCGCUCUCUACAAUACUUUCAGAGGUAUGUACUGGGAUUUGACUGGUCAAACUUGGAAGUUGAGAGCAUGGCAACAAGAACAUCCCGAGAAGAUGCAUGCUGUUGUUUCGCAAGUGAGUAACCAAAUAUUAGCUGCUACUCAAUCUCAAAUCUACGAAGGUAAGACAGUGUUCAAUGGAGCCAUUACUCCUCGUAACAUAGACGACGAAAUUAGUGAUCUCAAGAAGGACUCCAAUUAG